CUCAAGGCGAUUUGUGAGCUGCUGUAAUGUUCGGUUCUGCCUUCAAAGCUGAUCGCCUUCGGGUUAACUUGCAACUGGUUAUCAACCGCCUGAAACUCUUGGAGAAAAAGAAAACCGAGCAGUCACAGAAAGCAAGGAAGGAGAUCGCGGACUACCUGGCUGCGGGGAAGGAUGAGCGAGCCCGCAUCCGCGUGGAGCACAUCAUCCGGGAGGACUACCUGGUGGAGGCCAUGGAGAUCCUGGAGCUGUACUGCGACCUGCUGCUGGCCCGGUUUAGCUUAAUCCAUGUCACCAAGCAACUAGAUCCUGGUCUGGCUGAAUCCGUGUCUUCACUGAUCUGGGCAACUCCUCGACUGCAGUCAGAAGUGCCUGAGUUGAAAAUAGUUUCUGAUCAGCUGUGUGCAAAGUACAGUCAAGACUACGGGCAGCUGUGUCGAACCAAUGAGAUCGGAACUGUCAGUGCUCAGCUGAUGUGUAAGUUAAAUCUGAAUACCCUACCCCAGGUUCUGGUGGAAGAGUACCUGACAGAAAUCGCGGGGAACUACAAUGUGCCCUUCAAACCUAAGGCGGUCUUUGUGGCUGAAGCCCCAGCAGACCUGCUUGGAACUGGAUGCACUGAGGACCCUGGGAAACAUGUCCUGGGAGGAGGCCGUGGGUUUGCAGAAGGAGCUGAUGAUCCACUUGAAGGCUCGCCAGUGUCUGCACCAGGGCCCUUGCCUGGACCACCUGCUGAUUUCCCAUCUUUUUCUCCUGAAAGACAGAAUAAUGGGUGCAAGAGGAAUGAUUUCCUCCCUUCACUACCUCCUCGUCCAGGAUGCAAACCUCAAACUUCUCCUAAGCCAGGAUUACGAGGCCAGAUUGGUUUCGAGAAGUUUAUGCUGCCGGAAUUACCUGGUGGGAAACCUCCAGCGAGCCUGUCCUUGGACCCCUGUGAUACUGAAGAGGUUGACUUUGAAGAUCUUCACCGAAGACUUGAAAUGCUGAAGAGAACAGCUUAA